AUGCGGAAUCUGUGGAUGUGGAGUCUACCAAAGCGUCAAGCUGCUCUCGCGGAAUGGGUUAGUGCGAUGCAUGGCGAACUUGUCGAAGAGCUAAUUGAAGCUCAGGAAGCUUAUCAAGAAACGAUGAAUAAAAUUGAAACUGUAAGGGACCAAGCAGAUAUUGACAUACUCACGCGUGUUCAGAUCAUCGGAAUGACAACCACGGGGGUGGCGCAAAACCAGCGGAAGAUUGCGGCUGUAGAACCCCUUGUUGUAAUUUGCGAAGAGGCUGGGGAAGUACUUGAGGCACAACUCAUGGCAUGUCUGUCUCCAGCCUGUCAGCAGCUUGUGCUUAUUGGUGAUCAUAAGCAGCUUCGCCCGCACAUUUCGGAGUACAACCUUAGUGUCGAAAGUGAUCGUGGGAAACGGUUUGCAUUGGACGUAUCGCUGUUUGAGCGCUUGGUCUCGCCGUCCUCAGGUCUGCCGUUUUGGAUGCUAACGGAGCAACACCGCAUGCGUCCACAAAUUUCUCAGCUGAUACGUAUGCUCUUUUACCCGAAAGUUCGCGAUGCGCGUGAGACGCUGGAAUACCCAUCUCUCCGGGGCAUGAACAAGAACGUAUUUUUCGUGACGCACGAUCAUCCUGAAGGUGAUACGGCUGCUGCGGUCGGGACGCCAUCCCGCUCUCAUUCCAAUGAAUACGAAGUCGCGUACAUUAUUGCAACUCUCAUCUACCUCUUACAGCAGGGAUAUCACACGAGUGAUAUCGCCAUUCUCACUCCUUACGUUGGUCAGCUUAUCAAAUUACGCUCCGCGCUCCGAGGAAAGUUUACUCUGGAGCUGAAUGAGCUCGACCUGGACGAAAUCCAUCGUACGUCCGGCGAUGAGGACGAUGACAGCGAAGAUGAUGAAAUGGUUGACACAGCUAGGACGAACAGUCAGGCUUCGCUUGGAGCAGUCAAGAAACAAUUGUCAGGAGAGAUUCGUGCAGCAACAAUCGACAAUUUUCAAGGAGAGGAAGCAACAAUUAUCUUGGCAAGCCUCGUCCGCAGUAACACGAACGCACAAGGUCGUGGAUCAAUUGGGUUUCUCAAGACGCCGAACCGAAUCAAUGUGCUUCUUUCUCGAGCAAAACAUGGGCUGAUCUUGGUCGGUCAUGGCGACUUGCUGCGCACGAAAUCGCCUCUGUGGUGCCAAGUGAUCGAUCAUUUGCAAAAGGAUGAAUGUUAUGGUACUGGGCUACCUCUGAAAUGCCAACGUCACUCAGAUGACUUGCGUUUCGCUACGAAUCCGGGCUCCUUUGCGGAACUCGCACCGGAUGGAGGGUGUCUACGUCCAUGUGGCAAGCGGCUUCCGAACCGUGUCCACGACUUCAACCUGGCUGUGAACAUGUAUGCCCUGGAAUUUGUGGGGAUCCCUGUGGCCGGUGCGAAGACGACACAGAGCCAGAUUUCCCAAUUGCUGCUACCGAACACGGAGAUUGUCGAAAAGAGUGCGAGCGAGUGCUGCCUUGUUGUCAUCGAUGCCGUGGAAUUUGCCACGGAACAUCACCUUGUCCCCCAUGUCAGCGUAUUUGCGACGUCUUCAAAUGUGAACAUGGGUCUUGCAAUCACCCCUGCUGCGAGCCUUGCACUGCCUGCACGGAAUCGUGCACCUGGAGCUGCGAGCACCAUGGAACGUGUGAUCUGCCUUGCGUGUCCGAGUGUGUGUGGAGAAGACUGCCCCACGCCGGAGUUUUGUCAAGUCUGCGGCGACGACAAUAUCAAGGAGCGCGUAGCCGACGUGAUUAUGUUCCGGACGUACGGUGAUGUUGAUCCGAGUGAAGAUCCGGUCUUGGUGCUCUCAUGUUGCUCAAUGGUCUACACUAUGGAAACGCUUGAUGGUACGCUUCACAUGGGCGAGUUCUACGAUAGUCAUGGAAACCCGCGUGGAGCCUUGCCUGGGAAUUACAUGAGCAUGCCCCAAUGUCCGAACUGCAGCAAACCGAUUCGUAACCUUCGACGGUACGGACGCGUGACCAAGAGAGCGGCGAUUGAUUCAGCUGACAAGAAUUUCAUUUCCCACGCACAACGUCAACUGGUCCGCUUACAGGAACGGACAAAUGCGGCUAUUGAAAACGGUGGUGUCACGGAUGACAGGGCGCUGCGGCACGAUCUCCGUUCGUUUGGAGUCACUGUGAAGAGACCUCCAUGCCAGAAGGUGUACGAGGCUUGCGUGGCGCUAGUGACGAAGAGUAGGGGUGGUCAAGGAGGAGGCGAUGUCUACAUUGACUCGAGCACUCUGCCAGUACCCAACUCGUCGUUCCAAUACCUGGGAUGCUUUUACCUGCUCUCUGCUCAGCUCUCAAUGUUGGGUGAUAACGUAUCGACAAGAACUCGAGCGCAGCAAUAUGCUCGCCAAGCGGUGGAUUUGUUUGCCGAAGGAUCGUUCGAAGUACAGGCACGUGAAGCUCGGCUGCUGCUUGUGCAGAUACUGCUUGCCGAUGCUGAAGCCAAACUGAGUAAGACGCUAGAGAAUCGAAAAGAGCAUAAAGAGCGCAAAAAGGCUGUGGAGAAGCCCACUGCUGAAGCUUAUGAACUGCUGAAAGGUCUGAGAGCGUCAGGAGCGUCUUUCCUGUCCAAAUACGGAAACGACGUCGUACUGCUCGGGCAACGACUUGAACGCAUUAUCCAGCGAGCAGCUAGUGCCACGUAUUACCAAAGUGUAUCAAUGGAGGAGAUGAAAUUGAUCAAGAUGGCAAUGCAGACGGAGUUUCGAGGCUCGGGUCAUUGGUACCGCUGCAUUAAUGGCCACUCGUAUUCGAUCGGGGAGUGUGGAAUGGCGAUGGAGGAAACCCGCUGUCCCGAAUGUGGCGCCCCUGUUGGUGGCGCCCGCCAUCAGUUUGUAGAAGGCACUGUGCCUGAUGAGCAGAUGGAAGCGAUAAACUGA